AUGACGGCUGCUUGGUCUGCAAGGGACCCCACUGGCUCAAGGACUGCCCUACCGCGACGGGGAUGCAACGGGAAGAGGCGCGGAGGAAGUUCCGCGAGGCUAAGGAGCAGCGUUCGGGCGCCGUUAGGUCGAAGGCUGCGCGGUACGCUACCCCCAUCGGGAUCAGUCCGUAUCAAUGGGCUCUUGGAAAUGCCCUACUCGCCUGACACGGGUGCUGACAAGAGCGUUGUGCCCCGUGAUGAGUUCGACUCGCUUCGUGCCAUGCAGCCCAGCCUCCAGGCGGCGACACUCCUGCAUGCUGUGGAAGCCGUGAUGGCCGACGGACGUACCCAGUUGUGUGACCAAGAAGUCCUAUUGGAUUUGGAGUUGGCGGGUCGGGUGACGAGGUUUUUGCUAGGCCGUGACGUCUUGAAGGGCCUCGGUAUUGAUGUUGAGCAGCAGCUCGCCCAAUUGGCUGGCCCAUCCCUGCUGGAGGAUGAAACGGACGAGUUUCCCGUAGGUGACGCCAUUCCAGUCCCCCAAGACGCCGCUGGACUUGUCAACGGGUUUGCCCCGCUACUCGACCGAGCUGCAGCCAAUGGCAUGCCGCCAGAGCACCUCGGCACGCUGCGCGAGAUACUCGAGAUAUAUCCUGACGUGUGGGAACAAUUCGUCUCGCUGGGCGAGCGCUGUCGUGCCGGUACGCAAACCUGGUACGCAAACCUGGUACGCAGGACAAGUUCCGGCUGA